GUUCUCCUUACAUCCUGCUAUUUUUUGGUUGCCACAUUUUCGAUACAUACUGAAUCAUGGCAUCUGUAGCUACUACGCAAGUUUUCAAACAAGAUAUUUUUGCCGGCAAAGUACUGCUGUGUACCGGUGGCGGAAGUGGCAUUUGCCGUGGAAUGACUGAAGCCAUGGUGCGUCAUGGUGCGAAAGCUGUCAUUGUGAGCCGAAGCAAAGAUAAAUUGGAACAAGCAGCAAGAGAAAUGAGCCAAGCUACAGGAGGUGAAAUCAUUGCUGUGGCUGGUGAUGUGCGCAAACCUGCAGAUGUGGAAAAUGCAGUGAAGCAAACCGUUGAGCGGUUUGGACGGAUCGAUUUCUUGAUCAAUGGUGCGGCGGGCAAUUUCUUGGCGCCUUUCCAGAAUCUGUCGUACAAUGCGUUUCGCACCGUCAUUGAGAUUGAUCUUCUCGGCACAUUCAACAUGACCAAAGCUGCGGUGGAACACAUCAAGCAGGCCAAAGGUGCCAUCAUCAACGUCAGCGCCACCUUGUAUUACACAGGCACUCCAUAUCAACAACACGCAGGAUCGGCUAAAGCGGCCAUUGAUGCGUUAACAAAGCACUGGGCGGUUGAACUCGGUCCUCAUGGCGUUCGCGUCAAUGGCAUUGCCCCUGGACCUAUUGGAAACACGGUCGGUAUGGAUAAACUAGGCCUUGGAUUCGAGGUAGAAAGCAUUCCGAUGCAGCGAAUGGGUGAUGUCCAGGAUAUCGCGCAAUCCACUGUAUUUUUAUUUUCAGAAGGUGCCAACUGGAUUACCGGUGUGACAUUGGUUGUGGAUGGAGGUCAAUGGAUGAAUCCCAACUAUAUUGCUUACCCCGCCAUGGUCCUCACGCCUCCUCAAGGAAAGCUCUAGAGCAACUUUUUGGAUGUAUAAGUUAUAACACAUGUGUAUCUAUACGGAUUUAAAUAUAUCAACAUGUUGAUUGUAUCCGGGUGACUUUGGUACAUAUAUGACUGUUUCCUCCUCAUGAACGGUACUUAAGAGCGCGCAUGGCUUCUAAUGGAAUGUUCCAACAGGGCAGGUAAAAACUCAGGUAGAUCUUUUUCUUAUUCAGACGAUCAUUUUUUUGUGUGGCCGUGGACUAGGAUAAAUUGAAGGAUUCUGAUACGGCAGCAAAAAAAGCGUAUUUUCGUGUUUGGCCAAUGAAAAGCGAGAGUUCCAUCUGAUAGAUAUUUUGUAUUCCAGCCGAAAAUAAGUGGAAUGGAGUUUUUUACGACAGGUGGUGCGGGUAAAAUAAAUUAUACCAAAUAGGCAUGGCCCAGAGAAAUACCAAAACGUG